AAACCACCUGGCCCCACCUCGGCGCAGCACCACAAACAGAAACUUGAAACGCCACCUCUCCGCUUAGCCCAACGAGACGGAAAAGUGUGGAAAAAGUUCGUAUUCACAAUUUUAAAGUUUGCGCCUUCUUUUUAAGUAAACUUACACUAUUUCCUGGAAGGUAAACACGGGAGAGAAUAACGCAAUUUGUUGAAGACCUCUGCUGAAAAAAUGGAAAUGCUGCCAGUUCAACAGACUGACGGUGCGGUACAUGCUGUGUUAAAUUCUACUGAAAUGCACAAUUUAAACGAUGGGAUGCUACCGUAUGAAGCUGAGGAUGAAAGUGACCGUUCACCUCUUCAUCAUACUCCAACGCUGCAGUGGCCCGUUGAUAAGGACACAGAAUAUGACGCUGCAUUAAGUGAUGAUGCCAAAUUAAAGUGCAACAACAUCAAACUGGAAACGUUCGACCAUCAUGAUAACGACUUUGUGGAAUUUUCUCCAUCAUCACCAGCAGAGGAGGAGCCUGCAGAAGAAGACGAAGAAUGUGAUCAAGAAGGACACAACAUUAUGCCAGAAUUAGCAGCCCAAGUUUUCCACCCAAGCGUGCUUGUGCUGUCAACAGAUUCGAGUCUAAGAAAAAGGAAAGAGUCAGAGGCAUAUGAUUUCGAAGACUCUGAGAAACAACCCUUCCUGGAUAUUCAUAAUCCACCCCGGCAAGUGUGCAUGCAAGAAUGGCCUGAAGAGAUGCCCCAGAGGAAGAGUGAUACAUGUUGUGGCAGGCAUUGUGAUUGCUGCUCUUAUACUAGCCUUAAAGCUUUAGCCUCACUGUUUGGAGCAAUGUUGUUCUUCCCCUGUUUCCUCUGGGGAGGUUAUGCAUUCUUGCCAUUUGAUGCACCUAUUCUUCCAGAGGUCCCCAUGAGGAUGGUUUAUGCUUUCCGCUGUGCUGCUUUUGCAACUGUGCCAAUUGUCUUGGGUAUUGCUGUCCAUGGCAUUUCUCGACUUUGUUCUGGAUCCCUUGACCCAUUUGGAGAUAGGAAGCAAGCAGUGGAAGUUCAUAGGCGUUUUGUUAAUGAGUCAGUAUACCUCUUUGUUCUGUUCUUCUUUAAUCUGGGGGUCCUGUCAACUUACCUUCACCAGGAGAUCCUGAAGCUAGUUCCAUUACUUACUGCCCUAUUUGCUCUUGCCAGGUUGAUCUACUGGGUGGCAUUUGCAAUUGGAAGUAAUUUCCGCAGCUUUGGAUUUGGUCUCACAUUUUUUCCAAUAGCGACCAUGCUGGUAGCAAACCUUUACUUCAUGUGUGCCCUUGAACUGGAUGGCUUGUUUGCAACAAAAGACUAUGAAGCUCAAACACCAGCUCCAGGACCCAAACAAAGAUUCUGGGGUUGAUUGUUGUUACAUUUUAUUAUGUGACUUCCAGGAAUUAUAGACUCUGUAAUUCUAUUCCAGAAAACCUGUUUCUGCAAAAUUUUACCUUGUAUUUGCCUUGUCAAGCUUUUCUGUGGAUCUGAAACUUUCUUGAGGACAAAAAAAUGUGUUUAAUCAUGGACAAAAAACAUAAUUUCUUGUACCAAAAUGGAGAAGUCAUGCACUAGAACUGAAUGUAGAGUACAGUACCAAAUUCCUUAAUGCUCAGUUACACCGUAUGCAAUGCUUUAAAAAUAUUGUCUUAUAUGUAAAUGAAUUGCGCUCUUUUUAGAAAGUCAGUGAAUUAUUUUUGAAAACAAUUUUACUGUGAAAAUCUUUUAUUUUCUAUCAUUAUUGGUACAAUUUUUCUAACAAAAUUAGAUUUUAAGAGAAAAUAGCUUAUUCAAAUGUAAAAUCCUUUUAGUAGUUUUAUACCAAGUAUUUAUGAAUUCUGAAUAGUAAUUUCAUGUAAUAUUUUUGAUAAAUAAUAUAAUAAAGAAACAGUUUGUAAUUGGGGAUAUAGGUUGUAAUUAAUUUAUUUUCUAAUGCUGUAUGGUCAGUUUUUUGUGUUUCCAGUAUAAUAAGUUUUGCUGUUGUGUCUUUUUAGCUUUGAGUAAUUGAAAAUGGAGCUUAUUAUACAUGCAUAUCUACACAUACUGUGCAAUUUUCUUAAACAUAGUUCAGCCAGGAAAUGAGUCACAUACCUUAGUGAACUGUAGCUAGAACAACAGAGAAGAGAAGUUCUUGGGAACAUAAGAGGCUGAAGUAUUGAACUGUGUGAGUAUGAAAAGUGAAUGUCUUGCUUAAUAAACACGUUUAAAAGGU